AUGGCUACCGCAUUCGAACCUUCGCUCUCCACCAGCCGCCAGACACUGACGCCCAUGGGGCCGUCUGUCGCGGACCAGCUACCCAGCAUCAACUUCGGCUUCGACGAGCUGCGCGAUCGCAUGGCCAAGUUCACCGCCAAAUUUGAUGCCUUUAUCGAGCAGGGCCGCAAGCGCGUCCUCGAGGAGCGCAACCAGUUCCGCAUGAAUGUCGCCGAGCUUCAAGCCGCCGCUUCGUUGUCGCAUAUCUUCCCCCCCCUACGCAACACCCCAUACGAUGAAGAAGAGCUUACUAACACGCAAUCCCUCCCCCCAACGACAGAGGACCAGCGCAUGAAGAAGAAGGACAUCGAGAUCCUGCAGGUCAAGACCAACGCGCACCAGCACACGAUCGCCAAGGAGGCCGCCGAGACGCGCGAGAUGCAGGCCGCCAUCGCCGCGCUCUCGGAGCAGCGCGACCGGCAGGAGGUCGCGCGCGACGCCCUGCGGCAGCAGAUCGCCGACACGCAGCGCGACAUCGACGCGCGGCUCGCCGCGCAGCGCGCGCGCCAGGCGCAGCUCGAGGCGCAGAGCCGCUUCAACGUGCCCGAGCUCGACUUCUGGGUCACGAGCCUGUGCCUGCGCAUCGAGGGCGCCGGCCGCGACGACCACCUGCGCUUCGUCUACACGCACGUCGACGAGCGCGACUGGGAGCGCGAGGCCUGGUUCGAGCUGAGCACGGCGAGCCGCGACUACGACGUGCGCCACUGCCGGCCCAAGCUCGAGCGCGAGAAGAUUGAGCGCGUGCUGGACCGGGUCAACGAGUCGAGGGAGCUGGUUGGCCUGCUCAAGGGCAUGCGGGAGCUCUUUGUCGAGGCCAUGAAGUCAUAG